AUGGCUGAUAGCAAGGUGCCAGAAGUGCUGAGCCAUGAGGAGAACUGGAAGCUGGCAGAGGCCUGCCUGAGCCAUGUCUUUGCCCUACCUCCUUUGGAGGUUGCAGAAGGUGCCAGUCAGACUCUGUAUACUGGCACUUUGGCUUCCUUGUCAGAGCUGAUGGAGACCUUACUGAAGCCAGGAGGAGAAGAGGAUGACCUUUCAGACUGGUUCCAGCAGAUCUUCCAGCUCUUGGGCUACUGGCUGGUGUCGGAGCAUGAAUGGGAACGUGCUCGGGCUAUGCAGCUUGGCGUCCAUCUGCUGAGAGUUCAUUGCCAGAGGACUAAGGCUUCUAUCCCUCAGAGCCAGUUCAGCCAUUUGGUUGCAAUAUUGGGUCCUUUCACUUAUGACACACUGGGCACCAUCCGUCAUAGUGCUGGUAAUUGCAUUAGACUCCUGCUAAACAUCCAGGGAGCCACAAUGUUGCAUGAACGCAAAGUGCGUGUCAAUCAACAGCGGCUGUACUCCAUCCAAAGGGACCUUCAGAGUGAGAGUGCCGAGACAAUGCACACUGCCUCUCUCCAGUUGGCCAAAAUUGUCAGCUGUGUCCUGCCUAUCCAAGGAAUCCUAACCUUCUUGCGCACUUUGCUGGAGCAACUGAGGACUGUGAACAGUGCCUGCGACAUGGCUGCUCUCCUGUGGUUUGAGGUGACUGUGAAGGAGCGACAACCAGACUUAAAAGACAAGGUUCACAGUAUGGUGGACAUCAUUUGUUCCUUCUGGCAAUAUUCAGAAGACUCGGCUCAGCGCCACUUCCUGGCCCAGGCCAUCUGCCUUUUGGCUGAGCAUCAUCGCAAAGGAGUUUGUGUCUCGCUCCUGAAGCAACCCCUGCUUCAAGACAAAGCAAAGAAAGAACUCUGGGCAUCACUUGCAACCUAUAAAAACAGUGGUCCUUCCAUCUUGAAGUAUUUGCUCAUGUGGAUGAGAGUGGAAGGAAAUGACACCCGCAGCUGCCUCUGGGGUCUUGGGGCUCUCCGUGAGGUAGUCUUGGCUAUGGAUGUUUCUGCCACGUUAUUUCCAUUACUCACAGAGCUGUGCUAUGUUCUUCUGCAACAGUUCAGCAAAGAUCAGGAUGAUGAGAUGCCAACAUCCUCUUUUUCUCCUCUGGAAAGCAAUGGGAAUCUUGAGACAGAGUUCGGGACACCUCAUGGGCUAGCUGUUGUAGUGUUGCAGGCUUUGUUCAGCAGAGCUCUGCCAGAGAUUGCAAGGGAAUUGGACUCUGGAAACACCUGGAACUUCCUGAUGGACCCUGGAAGCAGCCUCAAGGGUGUUGCCCUGUUAGCCAGGGCCUUGAUGCACACAAAGAAUCCCCUUUUAGAUGGGCUACUCCAUCGUCUCUGUUCUUCUCUGAUGUCCUCCAGAGCAACAUCUAGAGAUCUUAGCCUGGUCUUCUGCAUGGAGCUUAUAGGUCAUCCUCUCCUGGAGAAACGGGAAACACUGAACCUUCUUUUACAUCUAUUACUGACCCAAGUUCAGAAUGGAAAUUGUCUUAUGCGCAUCUUGUCAGUACGAGGGCUGGGGAACAUGGCAAAGGGUGCUCCAGAGGAGGCAAAGAAGUACCGGAAAGCUUUGCUAAAGCCUCUCCUCCAAGCUCUGGGUGACACCUCCAGCCCAGAAUUGGCCACUGAAAGUCUAUGUGCCUUGUGCAAGUUAUGCAGAUGUCUUGGGAAAUGGCCUGCAGAUUGUACUUUCCAGAUCGUGGUCAGCCAAGCCUGUGCACAUCUCCGACAUGCAGAUGAUGCUGUCCGUACUGCAGCCUUUGAGUUGCUUGGUGAACUGGCCAAGACAACUCCACUGAGGCUUUCCAAGUUUUUUGCCAAGGAGGUGGGAGGCGCUUUGGCUGCCCUCCUGUUGCACUUCCGUGAUCCUUGCCCUCAUGUGGUCCAGGCCUGCCAAACUGCCUUUGUCUCAUGUGCCCCAUUCAUGGGCCUGCAUGGGCUUUUAAAGAGUACAAAUGCAGAUUUACUGCUGAUGGACCUCUCUGAUACACAACAUUCCUACCUCAUGGGCAGAGUUUGUCAGCAGCUGGCUCAGAGAAACCCAUUGCUGCUGGAAGCUGCCAUGGCAGAGGUGGCCCAGUAUAUAUGCUGUAGCUGGGAAGGGAUCAGGCCUGUGGCUUGCAAGCUGGCAGGAAUCCUUGUAGAGAAGGUGGAAGCCCAGCACCUGGGACAGUGUGGUGUAGAACAACUCUUACAAGCUCUACACUCUGUGAGUCGUGAUCCCAGUGCCACUGUGAUCAACACAGCCUUGGAAGCUACUCACACUAUCCAGCAGAAAUGGCAGGAGAGCCAGGUGAGACUGGCCUCUGGACACCAAAGGAGAGCUGUGCCUUUUGGAUGGUUCUUCAGGAGGCCGCCAAAAAACCCACUGGGAGCUGCAAGGCCUUGGUCGGCUUAA